AUGGAUAAUCCUAUUUCAAAUCAACCGAAAGAAGACUAUUCAUCCUACACUGAAUAUGUCGAACAAAGUAUUAAUGACGUUUUACCAGAUCAUAUUCUCUCACAAAUAUUCUCCUAUUUGAGUUUUCAUGAUUUCCGAGAGGUUACUAGGACUUGUAUGAUGUGGAGGAGGAUUUGCUUUACAAUUCAGAGUGCUUUGAGCGCAUUUGAGAUUUCUGAUGAGAUGCCAGUCGAGUGUGCAAUGAGUUUAUUCACCAGAUUUGUGGAAUGGAGAAUUGGAAGUAUUAGAAAAGUGAAUAUUCAUUCAAUCAAUGUGUUUACGAAUUGUGGACACAAAUUUACUGGUGUCAAGUUUCUGGAAGAAGCAAGUAGUAUGGCAUUGACUGGAUUUCCAAAUAUUGAAAGGGUUAAAGAAUUGGAAAUUACAUCAACCUUCUUUGGAGAUAUGUACAAAUAUCCUGGAUUGGAAUCAAUCAAAUUUUUGAAAUUUAAGGAUGCUGUAAUUGAUUUCUUUCAUUGCUCAUUGUUUGGAUUGACUUUGGUAGAAUCGCUUCUUCCAUUAAUUGAUUUUGAAAAGGUUGACUCACUCAAAUUGGUAACUAAUUCAAAAUUACUGAAUUCCUUAGCUUGUUAUGCCAAAGAAAAUAUCCAAUCAAAAGCAAAUCUACUCUUUCAGAAUAUCAACUCUAAGAUUAAAUAUUUGAGAAUCACUCUAGCUGAAGAAUCAACUGAAGAUGACGAUUUUGAAGGAGAAGUUGACAUUCCACUUUCCAAUUUAGAGGAAUUAUAUGUUGAAUUCGCAACCGUACGAACGGUGAAUAUGCUCCAUUUUGAUCCAGAGAAAUUGAAAAGAUUACAGAUUGGAUCUUGGCACGGCAAACACACAAUUGAAAAUCCACUACAGCCAAGAGUUAGUUUUGAGUUGUUUCUCGUUUCAGAAUUUCACCAAUUGCUAAACAGAUCGGCAAAAAUUCAAACUCUAGUUUUGGAUAAUGUCAAGCCAUUAUUUUACAGAACCUUUGCGUUUUCACAAUUUAAAAACUUGACACAUCUCCAUGUUGCAGAAAUGAGUAAUUCUAAUCUAACCCAACUUGCACCAAAGCUUCAAGUUCUCAAAGUUGGCACAAUUACUGAAUUUAAUCCAGAGAUUUUCAAAUUAUUUGGAUCAUUGAAGGAACUUGAAAUGGAUCCUAAAUAUGCUUCAAAGAUUGACUUUAAAGACCUACCGAAACUUUCAAAUAUUACUUUACAAUCAUUUUCAGCUCAUUACUCGAUGGAUAUUAAUUCAGAUUCUUUGAAGAGUAUUCGGGUUAUGUCCCGAAUAAGAACUCUCACCAUCAAUGCAAUCAAUCUUGAAACAUUCGAUUUGAAGGGAAAUAUUGACAAACUCUCUAUCCGAUCGAACCAAUUAGAAGCAUUAGGUGUGAUGUCUUAUAAUCAAAUAGGGGAUUUGUCAAUUCUUUCAUUCCAAAUUCCAAACCAUGGAUGUGAAAAUGUGUCCCCUCUAAAGGAGUUAAAUUUGGCUAAUGUCUCAACUGUAAGACAAUUGCAUUGUCCUUAUUUGAAAACAAUUAAGGUUCAAUCUAUGGCAUCUAUUUGCCAACUUGUAGAUUUGGAUCAAACUCCUCUUAUUGAAAUGAUAAUAUUUGAAAAGGCGUUUAUUGAACCAGAUGCUUUCAAGACAUGUUUGGAUUAUUUUGAAAAUCUCAAAACGAUUGAAUUUUUUGAUUGUAAUCUUGGAUCCUCAGCAAAUGAAAUCAUUGAAUUCUCAUCCACAAUUGAAGUUAUUGAAAUUUAUGAGGGAAGUCCAGAAUUGAUCAGAUUUUUAACUAGCUUAUUCUCAGAAUCACCAAGUAUGAAAGCUAUCUAUUUAAUGGACACGGAGGUUGAAGAAACCUUUAUUGAAUCCAUUUCACAACCAAAAGCAGAUCAGUGGAAGAAUCUCGAAUUAAUAUCCCUCCAGAAUUGUGUCAACAUUUCAGGAAAGGCAAUUUCAGACUUUUAUUCAAAUAUCAAACAUUAUGCAUCCCUCAAAUCUCUCACUCUGGUCCUUUCACCAGGAAAUGAAAUUGUCUACGAUGCAAGAAUUCCACAAACUUUGGAAUCCUUUACUGGAAUUUUCAAUUCUGUGGAAAUUAUUCCAACCAGCACGGCAAGAAGCAAUAUGGUGAAUUUAAAGACAAUUACAUUGGAUGGAAGAAAUUCUACAUUUUCAAAUUUUGAGAUUAAUACAUUUUUACAAUCGAUAUUCGAUUUGUUUGUGGAUGAUAAGGAAGAAAUGGCUCCAUUCAGGACAGAGUUAUAUUCGCUGUUAGCUUGUGAAAGGUUGAUUGCAGAUUCUGAAAGUGAUCCUCCAGAUUUCAAACUAAUCAAUAAGGUAGUUGCUGGAAUUCCUUCUAUUCGAAUCGUUUCGAAACAGUUAUUUACAGAUGAUCCAGUUUUAUUGCUCAGUCAGCGGCCACAUCUCAAAUUGUGUGAUUAAUAAAAGUGGUUUAUUUUCUU